UCUUUUUUUUUCCCUUUGUCUUACUUGCUAUCUUCUUUCUUUCUUUUUUUUUUUUUUUGAAUUUGGCGUUAUCAAUGAGGUUCUAGUUGCUACUUUGGCUCUUCUUACGGGAAUGGUUUUAUGAAUCGAGGAAGAGGAUUGACGUCUUCUCUUAGCCUUUUUCUUUCUGCUUCACUCCAGUUUUACAUCGUACUCAAUUCCAGCCGAGAUCUGCGUUGCAAUAUUUGCUUGCCCUCCUGCCUAUAUGCGAUUCUCUAUUUAUGUUGUGCUGGAAUACCUGCUCGCCCGCCUUCUCUCACAAGAGAUCUGGUGCGCUUCAGCCGGCCUACUGCAAACCAGGCCCAUCCAGUGAACUUUCUUGUCUUGCCAGGGCAUGGUAAAAGUGAUCAUAGCAAUUCCAUGUUACAAUAGGUCAUCGCCGCUGUUUCAUGACUCACAUAUUCAGUAAAAUAGUCAAGUCUCCAUCAGCGCAGCUGGAGCCAUCCACAUGGAGAACACUUCUACUGCAUUCGGACCCAGACACAUCCAGUCCUUUUCCCCCACUCCUGGAAACAAACCCGCCAU